GACAAAUGUGUGCUUCGUGUGAGUGGAAUGACGUGCUCGAGCUGCGUAGCGGCAAUCGAGAAAGGCCUCAAGAAAUACCCCGGGGUGGAACAGGUCCUCGUAGCGCUGCUUGCUCAGAAGGCAGAAGUGAAGUACGAUCGGGGAGUGAUUUCCACCCGAGAGAUCAUCGCUGCCCUCAAGGACCUCGGGUUCGGGGCCGAGGAGCUUGCCAUCGACUUCCAGUCCGAGAACCUUCUCGAACGGAACGAAGCAAAUCAAUGGAGGAGAUCAUUCUUCGUGUCCCUGCUGUUCUUCGCGCCGUCAAUGGCUGUGAUGAUGUUCUUCAUGGGUCACAUGGACCGGGAACGACUUUGGUUCCGAGGGGUUUCGAACAAGAACUUCCUCCUGUUCGCGUUAGCUACCCCUGCACAAUUCAUCGGAGGGCGAUAUUUCUACGUGCAAGCGUUCAAGGCUCUGAAGCACGGAAUGGCGAAUAUGGAUGUGUUGGUGAUGUUGGCGACGAACACGGCCUACUUCUACAGUGUAAUCGUGUGCUUGAUCUUCAUGAUGACCGCAAGCAACGGGAGCCCGAAAACGUUCUUCGAGACGUCAUCGAUGUUGAUGCUCUUCAUAUCAAUGGGGCGAUGGCUCGAACACAAAGCCAAGGGUAAGACAUCAGAAGCUUUAUCGAAGCUGAUCUCGAUGCAAUCCUCGGAAGCGAUUCUCGCUGAGGUCGACAGUGAUUUCAACAUAAGCGACGAAAAACCAAUCCACGUGGGACUGCUCCAACGUGGGGAUAUUGUGAAAGUUUACCCAGGAGAGAAAGUCCCCGUAGAUGGCAAAGUCAUUCACGGGAGCUCCAUGGUAGACGAAUCCUUGAUAACGGGCGAGCAUCUGCCCGUUUCUAAGAAACCAGAUUCGCUGGCUAUCGCCGGGUCGGUGAACGGGAACUCACCCUUACUCAUAAAGGCGACUCAUGUCGCUCAGGAUACGACUCUGAACCAAAUUGUGAAAUUGGUGGAGGACGCACAGACCUCGAAAGCCCCAAUCCAACAGCUGGCUGAUCAACUAGCCGGCUACUUCGUCCCUGCGGUUUGUUUUAUCGCAGCAAUCACGCUUUCGUCCUGGAUAAUAGUUGGAUUCCACGACCCCAGCUACAUCCGAUCUUUCUAUCCGUAUUUGGACGUUUCCUCAGACACGGAGAUCGUUCUGCUCUUCUCCUUCCAAUGCGCCAUAACAGUGUUGGCCAUUGCGUGUCCGUGCUCCCUCGGCUUGGCGACACCGACGGCUGUCAUGGUCGGGACAGGUGUCGGAGCCCGUAAUGGAAUCCUGAUCAAAGGGGGCGAGCCACUCGAGCUCCUCCAUAAGAUCCAAUGUAUCGUCUUCGAUAAAACGGGUACUUUGACGGAGGGAAAACCGUCCGUGACUAGGCUCGUCGUCUUCACAUCCGGAGACGAGCGAGAAGCCAUUACAGAAACACUCUGCCUCAUCGGAGGUGCCGAAGCUUCGAGCGAGCACCCGAUCGCCCACGCGAUCACCGAAUUCGCCAAAAAUUACCUCAAAUACGACUCCUUUCCCACGGUCAAGAAUUUCGAGGUUAUUCCCGGAAUGGGCAUCAAGUGUCGAACGACAAGUAUCGCAAAUUGUGUGAAGAAUUGCCAGCAGAAUGAGGAGCUCGAGAAUUUUAUCGAAGUUGUGAAUUGUGAUCGCCAAAGCUCCACCCUCAUCGACGUCAGUGCUAGCGACUCAGUCCAGAGACUCGACGGUGUUCAUCAACUUCUCAUCGGGAACCGGGCGCUCAUGAAUCAGGAGAAAGUCCUCAUCUCGAAAACUGUCGACGUAAUUGUCGAACACGCUCAGCUCUCGGGCGACACUGUCGUCAUGGUGGCUUGCGACGGAGAAGUUGUAUGCGUUGCCGCCGUGGCAGACAAGGUGAAACGGGAGUCUAAAAGUGUUGUAACCUGUCUGAAACGAAUGGGGAUCCAUGUCGCCAUGUUGACUGGCGACAAUCGAAACUCAGCGCUCGCAGUGGCGCAACGAAUAGGCAUCGACACUGUUUUCAGCGAAGUUCUUCCUUCUCAUAAGGUUGCGAAAGUGAAGACUCUGAGAGAGCAGUUCGGCUUGGUCGCGAUGGUAGGCGACGGAAUAAACGACAGUCCUGCUCUGGCCCACAGCGACGUCGGUAUUGCAGUCGGAGCCGGGACCGAUGUAGCGGUCGAGGCGGCUGACGUCGUCCUCAUCAAGGAUAACCUCUUCGACGUCCUCACAGCGUUGGAUCUCUCCCGAAAAACAGUCCAACGCAUAAAAUACAAUUUCCUCUUCGCAACGCUCUAUAAUCUGCUCGGGAUCCCCAUGGCUGCAGGAUUCUUCAUACCUUUCGGAAUAGUUCUGCGGCCUUGGAUGGGAUCUCUAGCGAUGAGCGUCUCCUCUGUCAUCGUCGUGGGAUCCUCUCUGCUUUUGAAAAGAUACCGGAAACCGACGCGUUCGCAGAUCGAAUCGAACGCUUUCGCCAACGAGUUCCGCAGAUCGAACAAAACUCUUCUACCUCGUUGGAAGUUUUUCCCGACUUUCACGAGGACUGCUCCGGUUCUGACGAAAGUUCACUACAGCCCGCUGACGCAGAUAAAUUGAUAUGCCAAAGAACCUCCGGAAGGAUCCCAGCAAUAGCGGACCGGUUUCCUGGAUCGUUUUUUAGUUUCCCAUUUCCGAUUUUUUGGACACGAGAGUGGUAGAAUUUCCCAAUCGAUGAGGAUCCACAAUUCCCAAGCGAGCUCAACUCUGAUUCCGAACAACUGAUUUUGCUUCAUCCAUCCCAAGAAGCUUUGCGAGCGGAGGUUGGUGUCCAGAGUUGAUUUCCGUGCUCUUGAGUCUUUCACGAUAAGUUAUUCUCAAAUUAUAUCGGUUCGCAGAGGGAUGUAUGUGAAUCCAAUCUGAAAGCCGAUAUUUGGAGAUUCCUCCGCUCAAGUCUUGGUCGAGAGAGGGAACACGCUCUCGAUCGAGGAUUGUAAAUAUAAACUCAUGAAAGUGAAUUGUUGAUAACGAGUUUCUCUCACGGGUCUCAAGUGCUUCUACGUAGAUCUCCAUGUGAUAAGUUAUAUAAACAACCCGAUAACAUAUA